AUGACGGUUCCAAAGGAAGAAUUGUCACCACAUCAUGACGAGCAUCUCAUGCAUCAUAGCAAAGCCCGGGAGAGAUUUAGUUUCUACAACUAUGGCAUCGUCGUCUGCGUCUCGUGCACCUCGCUGGCCACGGGCAUGGUCAACGGCAUGAUCAACACGACGCUGGGCCAGCCGAGCUUUCUCGUCUACUUUGGGUUCCUGGAGCAGACAAAAUCCAACACGCCGUUGAUCGGGGCGAUUCUCGGCGUCUUCUUCGCGUGCGCCCUGUUCGGCUGUGCCUGGGCUAGCUACGCGUCCGACAAGAUCGGGCGCAAAAAGACGGUGCUCAUCUCGGCCAUCAUCUCCAUUGUCAGCACGGCUCUUGUGGCUGGAAGCGUCCAUAUUGCCAUGUUGAUCAUUUUCAGGGGCUGCUCUGGAUUUGCGUCCGGAGCAUAUAUGUCGGUAGGAUCACUGCUCCAAACCGAGCUCGCGCCGCCUCGGUAUCGAGGCCUCAUGGUGGGCCUUGUCGCAGUCAUGAUCUCUCUCGGCUAUGUGUUCGCCAACUGGCUCGGUGUGGCCUUUUACUUUGUGCAGGCCAGCGGCGUCCAGUGGCGAAUCCCAUUUGCCAUCUGCACUGUCCCAUCGUUCCUGACCAUUUUCCUCCUGCCUCUGAUUCCGGAAUCGCCCAGAUGGUUGGUGAUGCAGGAUCGCACCGACGAAGCUCGCGCGGUCAUCUCCAAACUGCACGGCCAUCAUGACGACGCGGGCCACGAGUUCGCGGAACUCGAAGUCAAGCAGAUGGUGGACCAGAUCUCGUUUGAACAUCGAAAUGCAAUGGGUUGGUGGGAGUUGAUCAUGUCGAAACGGUACCGCAGGCGCUUUAUCCUCACCAUCAUCACCCAGUCCAUGAGUCAGUCCGCUGGUAUCGUGGUUAUCGCCAGCUAUGGUCCGACCAUCUACGCCAGCCUUGGAUUCAACACCGUGGGUCAGCUGUGCAUCACUGCAGGCUAUGUGACCUUUGGAGCCUUGACUGCGAUCCUCGGAACCCUGCUCAUCGAUCGCGUGGGUCGUGUACCACUGCUCGCCAUCGGAACGGCCAUUCAGAUUGCGCUGAUUGUGGUGGUCACUCCCCUGAUCGCCAAAUACGCGGGAACCUCGCAUGAAGCACCCCAGCAGGCCGUCGUGGCCAUGUUCUAUAUCUUCGAAUUGGGAUACUGCAUGUUCGCCGAAGGUGCAAGCUACACUUAUGUUUCCGAGAUGUGGCCGGCUCAUCUCAGGGCCAAGGGUUCGGCUCUCGGAGUGGCGAGCAUCUACUUCAUCGACACCAUCUACGUCGAAGCGUCCCUCUAUGCCUUUGUGUCGAUCGGAUGGAAAUUCUACCUCGUCUUCAUCGCCGUGGGCGUCGCUUCGCUGGCCGUGUUUCUCUGGUUGGCCAAGGAAACCAAAGGCAAACCGCUGGAAGAGAUUGCCGGGCUAUUCGGCGACGAAGUCGCGGCUGAGACUUUGGAAAAUCUUGUCAUUGCGCAUGAUGCCGAAGUCGAAGAGACGAAAGAGGUUCCCAAGGUUAGCAAGCUGCGUGACUAA